CUCGUUGUCUUCUUCCCCACCAGACAGACGCCCGACACAAACACAACAGCCGACGAGGGGGACGACUAUCGAGGAUAUCUCCGGUUUUAUCACCUGUGUCUGACUCGAAGGACUUGCCGAAGGACUCAAGAUAAUGAUGUCGAGGUCACUCAGGGCAGAGACUCGCUCCCGAGGGAAGGAGGACUCCAAAAGGCCCAUGCAGUCGUUAGAUAAGGUCCGACGAUGGGAGAAAAAGUGGAUUACGAUUCAUGACACCACAAUGAAGAUUUACAAAUGGGUACCAAUAGCUGAUGAACGUAAGAAGAAGAGUGGCAGUAGCUCCAACAAAGAGAACAGAAUCUCUAGUCGUGAUAGCAGCAUGUCUGCAUUUCAGAUGGGUGGUGACGAUUCUAACACAGCUAUGUCUGUGAUGAGUGACUCUCAAGAUGCAACUGACUUCUCUUGCAGUCAGUUCAACAUUUCAGAAGAUUCCAACUCAGAGCCACCAUUUAAAAAGAAAUUAGCAGAAAGUUAGAUUUAGGUUGUCGUGGCAUAUUGUCGUAUAUUUUUAUUUUAUUACAGAGAUGUGCAGAUUAUAAUUAAUUUCCUAAACAGAAGGGCAUCAGCCCAGGUAUUUGAGCUUUCGGUUAUUUUGAAGGGAAGACGUUACUA